GCCUCCACAAAACAGACAUGCUUUUACAGGGGCCAGACGCUACACAGACAAUCAGACAAGGUUUGUGUGUCUCUUUCUUCUACUAUGCUGCUUGGCUUUGAUGUGUUUGAUGGCUUUGUUGUAUGUUUGACAAUAGAUGGCUUUGUUUUUUCCUGUGCCACAGACUGUUAUUUCUGUGGUGAUGUGUUUCUGACACAUGGGGAAUGUUCCCAUAACAUGGGUCAUGAGCAGGUGGGAUAGUGUAUCCAGGGCACAUGUACUUGACCUUUUUAAACAUGGCCUGGCUUGAAAUGAUACUGUAAGAAAUGAUGGAGUGUGUUUGCUCAGCUGAAUGAGAAUCAAUUUAGCUUUGUAAAAAAGUGCCAUAAUUCACAGGAGUUCAGCCCCAUUUAGAGUGUUCUAAAUCUGUGUGGAGAAGUCUGCACUUUUAUCAUAGAUUUAAAGUGAGGAAAAAUAGUAUUUGAUCCCUGCUGAUUUUGUACGUUUGCCCACUGACAAAGAAAUGAUCAGUCUAUAAUUUUAAUGUUAGGUUGUAAUGUAAUGUUUAUUUGAACAGUGAGAGAAUAACAACAACCAAAUCCAGAAAAAAAACGCAUGUCAAAAAUGUUAUUAAUUGAUUUGCAUUUUAAUGAGGGAAAUAAGUAUUUGACCCCCUCUCAAUCAGAAAGAUUUCUGGCUCCCAGGUGUCUUUUAUACAGGUAACGAGCUGAGAUUAGGAGCACACUCUUAAAGGGAGUGCUUCUAAUCUCAGUUUGUUACCUGUAUAAAAGACACCUGCCCACAGAAGCAAUCAAUCAAUCAGAUUCCAAACUCUCCACCAUGGCCAAGACCAAAGAGCUCUCCAAGGAUGUCAGGGACAAGAUUGUAGACCUACACAAGGCUGGAAUGGGCUACGAGACCAUCGGCAAGCAGCUUGGUGAGAAGGUGACAACAGUUGGUGUGAUUAUUUGCAAAUGGAAGAAACACAAAAUAACUGUCAAUCUCCCUCGGCCUGGGGCUCCAUGCAAGAUCUCACCUCGUGGAGUGGCAAUGAUCAUGAGAACGGUGAGGAAUCAGCCCAGAACUACACGGGAGGAUCUUGUCAAUGAUCUCAAGGCAGCUGGGACCAAGGGUCACCAAGAAAACAAUUGGUAACACACUACGCCGUGAAGGACUGAAAUCCUGCAGUGCCCGCAAGGUCCCCUUGCUCAAGAAAGCACAUAUACAGGGCCGUCUGAAGUUUGCCAAUAAACAUCAGAAUGAUUCAGAGGAGAACUGGGUGAAAGUGUUGUGGUCAGAUGAGACCAAAAUCGAGCUCUUUGGCAUCAACUCAACUCGCUGUGUUUGGAGGAGGAGGAAUGCUGCCUAUGACCCCAAGAACACCAUCCCCACCGUCAAACAUGGAGGUGGAAACAUUAUGCUUUGGGGUGUUUUUCUGCUAAGGGGACAGGACAACUUCACCGCAUCAAAGGGACGAUGGACGGGGCCAUGUACCGUCAAAUCUUGGGUGAGAACCUCCUUCCCUCAGCCAGGGCAUUGAAAAUGGGUCGUGGAUGGUUAUUCCAGCAUGACAAUGACCCAAAACACACGGCCAAGGCAACAAAGGAGUGGCUCAAGAAGAAGCACAUUAAGGUCCUGGAGUGGCCUAGCCAGUCUCCAGACCUUAAUCCCAUAGAAAAUCUGUGGAGGGAGCUGAAGGUUCGAGUUGCCAAACGUCAGGCUCGAAACCUUAAUGACUUGGAGAAGAUCUGCAAAGAGGAGUGGAACAAAAUCCCUCCUGAGAUGUGUGCAAACCUGGUGGCCAACUACAAGAAACGUCUGACCUCUGUGAUUGCCAAAAAGGGUUUAGCCACCAAGUACUAAGUCAUGUUUUGCAGAGGGGUCAAAUACUUAUUUCCCUCAAUAAAAUGCAAAUCAAUUCAUAACAUUUUCGACAUGCGUUUUUCUGGAUUUUUUAGUUGUUAUUCUGUCUCUCACUGUUCAAAUAAACCUACCAUUAAAAUUAUAGACUGAUCAUGUCUUUUUCAGUGGGCAAACGUAUAAAAUCAGCAGGGGAUCAAAUACUUUUUUCCCUCACUGUAGCUGUCUUCCCUCUAAAGGCCUUUUAUUUCUGCACGCAGUUCAUUUCUGUGUUGAUUAAUUGGAAUGGGAACCGAAAGUUACUGGACAGGCAAUAGAACAUACCCUGUUGGAUUUCCUAUCUCAUUAAACCACUGUUAGAUCUGGUCAAACUGGAGGCGCUGAUGAGGGAGGGGGUGGAAAAGUGCUGCUUCUGAAAGUGCCCUGUAGUAGUUUUUUUUUAAUGGUUUUGUGCAAGGAGUGGAAGGGGAGAGUAGAUAAGUAGGCUAUUUGUUGAUAGCUACAGUAGGCUGUGGUUAGUUCAGUUUGUGAUGUAAUUUGAUAUGUCAACACAACCACCGCUCUUGAUCUCAUUUUCCACCAACUGGUGGUUGGAGGGGAGGGGGGGGGGGUUCUGACCCUGAUUGGAGUGAUGUGGAUCUGACCCUGAUUAGAAGCUGGUUCAUGAAUAGGUGAUGUAACACCUCACGUGUGGUAUUGGUGCGACUGCUGUGAUCAGUGAGGUUUGUUUCUGUGUGUGUGUGUGUGUGUGUGUGUGUGUGUGUGUGUUUGUGUGUGUGUGUGUGUGUGCAUACAUUUGCACAAAUGUACAUUAAGAUUAUGCAGCGGGGGCCCCUUUCCAUUUAAUGCACUCAAACCAUAUGAAACCUUGACGGAAAUGUCACGCUUGCCCAACCAUGCACACUCUCUGUAAACUGAAUCAGGACAUUUAUUUCAACUCCAACAGCUGUUAAAUCUGCUUGAUUUGUAUGUUGAAUCAUUAUGCGAUAUCCACUGAGUUCAGACAUGAUGAUAUCAAAUCAAAUCAAAUCAAAUUUUAUUGGUCACAUGUGCCGAAUACAACAGGUGCAGACAUUGCAGUGAAAUGCUUACUUACAGCCCUUAACCAACAGUGCAUUUAUUUUAAACAAAAAAAGUAAGAAUAAAACAACAACAACAAAAAAGUGUUGAGAAAAAAAGAGCAGAAGUAAAAUAAAGUGACAGUAGGGAGGCUAUAUAUACAGUAAAAUAAAGUGACAGUAGGGAGGCUAUAUAUACAGGGGGGUACCGUUGCAGAGUCAAUGUGCGGGGGCACCGGCUAGUUGAGGUAGUUGAGGUAAUAUGUACAUGUGGGUAGAGUUAAAGUGACUAUGCAUAAAUACUUAACAGAGUAGCAGCAGCGUAAAAAGGAUGGGGUGGGGGGGCAGUGCAAAUAGUCCGGGUAGCCAUGAUUAGCUGUUCAGGAGUCUUAUGGCUUGGGGGUAGAAGCUGUUGAGAAGUCUUUUGGACCUAGACUUGGCACUCCGGUACCGCUUGCCGUGCGGUAGCAGAGAGAACAGUCUAUGACUAGGGUGGCUGGAGUCUUUGACAAUUUUGAGGGCCUUCCUCUGACACCGCCUGGUAUAGAGGUCCUGGAUGGCAGGGAGCUUUGCCCCAGUGAUGUACUGGGCCGUACGCACUACCCUCUGUAGUGCCUUGCGGUCAGAGGCCAAGCAGUUGCCAUACCAGGCGGUGAUGCAACCAGUCAGGAUGCUCUCGAUGGUGCAGCUGUAGAAUUUUUUGAGGAUCUGAGGACCCAUGCCAAAUCUUUUUAGUCUCCUGAGGGGGAAUAGGCUUUGUCGUGCCCUCUUCACGACUGUCUUGGUGUGUUUGGACCAUGAUAGUUCGUUGGUGAUGUGGACACCAAGGAACUUGAAGCUCUCAACCUGUUCCACUACAGCCCCGUCGAUGAGAAUGGGGGCGUGCUCAGUCCUCUUUUUUUUCCUGUAGUCCACAAUCAUCUCCUUUGUCUUGGUCACGUUGAGGGAGAGGUUGUUGUCCUGGCACCACCGGAAGUCACGAGCAGCAGUCUGAGUUGAAUGUACAGUGAGGGAAAAAGGAUUUGAUCCCCUGCUGAUUUUGUACGUUUGCCCACUGACAAAGAAAUUAUCAGUCUAUAAUUUGAAUGGUAGGUUUAUUUGAACAGUGAGAGACAGAAUAACAACAAAAAAAUCCAGAAAAACGCAUGUCAAAAAUGUUAUAAAUUGAUUUGCAUUUGCAUGGAAAUAAGUAUUUGACCCCUCUGCAAAACAUGAUUUAGUACUUGGUGGCAAAACCCUUGUUGGCAAUCACAGAGGUCAGAUGUUUCUUGUAGUUGGCCACCAGGUUUGCACACAUCUCUGGAGGGAUUUUGUCUCACUCCUCUUUGCAGAUCUUCUCCGAGUCAUUAAGAUUUCGAGGCUGACGUUUGGCAACUCGAACCUUCAGCUCCCUCCACAGAUUUUCUAUGGGAUUAAGUUCUGGAGACUGGCUAGGCCACUCCAGGACCUUAAUGUGCCUCUUCUUGAGCCACUCCUUUGUUACCUUGGCCAUGUGUUUUGGGUCAUUGUCAUGCUGGAAUACCCAUCCACGACCCAUUUUCAAUGCCCUGGCUGAGGGAAGGAGGUUCUCACCCAAGAUUUGACGGUACAUGGCCCCGUCCAUCGUCCCUUUGAUGCGGUGAAGUUGUCCUGUCCCCUUAGCAGAAAACCCCCCCAAAGCAUAAUGUUUCCACCUCCAUGUUUGACAGUGGGGAUGGUGUUCUUGGGGUCAUAGGCAGCAUUCCUCCUCCUCCAAACACGGCGAGUUGAGUUUAUGCCAAAGAGCUCCAUUUUGGUCUCAUUUGACCACAACACUUUCACCCAGUUCUCCUCUGAAUCAUUUAGAUGUUCACUGGCAAACUUCAGACGGCCCAGUAUAUGUGCUUUCUUGAGCAGGGGGACCUUGCGGGCGCUGCAGGAUUUCAGUCCUUCACGGCGUAGUGUGUUACCAAUUGUUUUCUUGGUGACUAUGGUCCCAGCUGCCUUGAGAUCAUUGACAAGAUCCUCCCGUGUAGUUCUGGGCUGAUUCCUCACCGUUCUCAUGAUCAUUGCAACUCCACGAGGUGAGAUCUUGCAUGGAGCCCCAGGCCAAGGGAGAUUGACAGUUAUUUUGUGUUUCUUCCAUUUGCGAAUAAUCGCACCAACUGUUGUCACCUUCUCACCAAGCUGCUUGGCGAUGGUCUUGUAGCCCAUUCCAGCCUUGUGUAGGUCUACAAUCUUGUCCCUGACAUCCUUGGAGAGCUCUUUGGUCUUGGCCAUGGUGGAGAGUUUGGAAUCUGAUUGAUUGAUUGCUUCUGUGGACAGGUGUCUUUUAUACAGAUAACAAGCUGAGAUUAGGAGCACUCCCUUUAAGAGUGUGCUCCUAAUCUCAGCUCGUUACCUGUAUAAAAGACACCUGGGAGCCAGAAAUCUUUCUGAUUGAGAGGGGGUCAAAUACUUAUUUCCCUCAUUAAAAUGCAAAUCAAUUUAUAACAUUUUUGACAUGCGUUUUUCUGGAUUUUUUUGUUGUUAUUCUGUCUCUCACUGUUCAAAUAAACCUACCAUUAAAAUUAUAGACUGAUCAUGUCUUUGUCAGUGGGCAAACGUACAAAAUCAGCAGGGGAUCAAAUACUUUUUUCCCUCACUGUAUAUUUAAAUGUAUAUUUAAAUGUGCCUGAGGAGCAGAAGGAAGUGAGUAGCUCUGUCACAUGAUGCAUUUUCAGUGUGAGAAGUCAAACCUCCGCAAUCAGAACACUUCCUAUUUUGACUUCUGAAGGUAAGAGGAUAUAUAUUAUCUAUGAGUAAGGCUGUGAUUUAGCUACAAAAACACUGCUGUUCAUUUGAAUUGGUGUGAAUUGUGAAAUGACAAACACUUUGGGAAGUUAGUUUAGACUCCUGGUUUUGGUGUCAGGUCAUCAGUGUAGAUGGUUGUGUGAGAUUAGUGCUCUUUAAUUGUCAGUUAGGCUAGCGUGCAGCUCUCUGAUUUAUUAAUGUGAUGGCCUAUACUGUGAGAAGAUUAAACUCAUAACAUGUCAAUUGGUUAAAUUAUGUUGCUGCAGGAUUAUUUUCCUGCUGUGAGAAACUGGUCAAAUUCAGAUCCUACAUCCUAGGUUGGUUUGUGUUUCAACAAAGAUCUUCAAUGUUAAAAUAUUCAAUUAUUUUGAGCUGCUGGCUUAGUGUGGGGGAUAUAUAGGACCCUUCCAUGUUCCUGUUCCAUCUGUCUGAGCGCGAGAUGUCCUAUCUGUGCAACCCACUGAUCUUAGAGGACACAGAUUAUCUGUGCUGUGUGACACACAUGGCCCUCAGCUACACACCACAGCCAGAACCAUGGCCAAGUGGUUUCAGCCAUCCAAUUGCCUGUGGCACCGGGACCAAAUAGGUUUUUAAUGGCUGAAUGCUGAACAGGAUGCUGCACUGACUGCAUAACAAUGUGCUCAUAUGAUCAGAGUAAGUCGCUCUGGAUAAGAGCGUCUGCUAAAUGACUAAAAUGUCAAUGUAAAUUCGAGCACUCCGUGGUUGUGUAGAUAUGGGUGGAUAUAGUCAGGUUUGUCAUGGUAUGCUGUUUAGGCUAGCUGUUUGACCAUUCACUCUGAUACUUACUUGUGGAAGCAGUGGUAGCCUACAGGACUGAUGUUUCUGCUGAUGUGUGUUUCUGCCCCACAGUCUGCUUAUCACAAUGUGUGUUCCAUUUCCUGUGAUUUCAGGUCAUUGACCUCCCAAUACAUUCCAUGGUCUGACACACGAUGUAGAGGGAGGCAAACGCUGACAGACUCUACUUGAGUGUUUGAUCUAGAGUAACCUCCCCAUUUUGCCAAGAAUGCAGUCGUAACUCAGAAGGCCUUUUUUGACUUGCCCUGAGUUCACUUGAAUUUGUUCUGCAUUCAAUGGUUUUGCCUGUGGCUAAGCAUUUUCCUCAUGGUGACUUCGGGAAACUCAGAGCCUGCCCCUAAGACAUUAUUUAAAAUGCACACAGCAUGAGAGAGGCAUGCAGAUAUAACUAAUGGUCAAGAUGUUGAUGAUGGUGCUAAUCAACAGUGGUCUAAAUAUUUACGUUAAUCUUGAUUAUAAUGAUAACACAACGAUCAACUUAGUUGGAAAACUGAUUUCCUUCAACCAAUCAAGAAAGCCCUUAACAUCUACAAAUCCACAAGGACUAGACUAAGAAAUAUCCUUGUGCAUAUUGACUCUCAUGAUGAAGUCUCUGCUCCUUCUUAUCAUGCCUGACAUCAUGCGUCUGUGUGUUGUGUUGUGUUUGUAAUUAUAGGCGUGUCGCGACUUCCUGGACCUAGCGGAGACCCACAGCAGGAGAUGGCAGCGGGCGCUGCAGUAUGAGAGAGAGCAGCGUAUCCACCUGGAGGAGACCAUAGAGCAGCUAGCCAAGCAGCACAACAGUCUGGAGAGAGCCUGGAGAGAGGCCCCCACACUCUCUGCCAACACGCCCAGCGCCCCCACCACCAAGAAGGGUAAGGCCCCUUAGCCUGGCCUCCUAGUCCAUAGUCCUUAGGGCUUUAGACUAACAGGCCUCUGUGAAUUUGUGGAAAUAGGACAUGUAAGCCAUGUCAGAUGGUUUUGAAUUAGAUUGUCUCUGUAAUUAAGGAUUUGACUGGAAGAGACAUUUCUUAUGAGUAGCAUGUUACUAAUAGUAUUGAAAUGGGCAUAAUCACCUCUCCAUCGGGAUAGCCAUUCUAGUGUAUCAGAGUAGAUGUGUAUCACACAGGAAUGGAUGGAUAUAGAAGUAUUAUUUGUCAGUCUGAAGUUAUAUUGAAGUUUGAGUUUUUCCUCCCCUCUUGUCAGGAAUUGAGUUCAGUACUUAGUUAGCCUGCAGGGACGUUACCUAUUAAAGCCAAUUAUCCAUAAUUAAUCUCCAUGGGUUGUUGAUUAGCUACUGUAACCUACUGUACCUUCCCCUCCACAAAUCAUGUGAUUACUGCUGCACCAAUCUAGAGCAUGGUGUGUGUUCUCUCUCUCAGGAGGGAGUGAGAGGCCGCAGAAAGGGGAGGCGAGUGAUGAAGAUGAGGAGACAGAGUACUUUGACGCCAUGGAGGACUCCCCUGCCUUUAUCACAGUGACCGCCACUGAAAACACACAGCACAGGUCAGUCAGUCAGUCUCACCCUAUGGCCUGUACAGUGAACUCCCUGACUGGCCUCCCUCUGCUCUUCACAUCCACCUAAAUGGAUCAUGGAUGUUUAGUUUGGUAUUAGUCUGUCUUUAGACUGAUUCAGUGUGAAUAGACUAUGUGAUAAAUACAAAGAUGUGAUGACUUGAUUGUGCCUGUUGAUGGAUUCUGUAGUGUUUAAACCAGAGCAUCUGUCAAGCCCAGAGCCAUACGGUACACCCAUUAUUGCCUGUGUAUGACUCAUUCCCUUUACAUCAGCAGCUCAAUAAACCCCCAGCACAUUCUUCCCUCUGUGCUCAUAAUCUCUCUCACACACUCACACUCACACUCACACUCACACUCACACACACACACACACACACACACACACACACACACACACACACACACACACACACACGCACGUAAACAGCACACACACACGCACAUAAACAGCACACACACAGCAGACACACACACAAACACACACUUACUUGCUGGUACGGUGGCAGUGUCUGCGACGUCUGUCUGUCUGUCCUGUGCUGGCUCUGGCACUAUUAACAGCUCUAUGAUAAGAUAGCUCAUUCCCCAUACUGCUCUUCUACCUGGGAAUUAACCAGACUUUGAAGCCCAGCCACUUCUCCCUUUACUUCAACACCUGCUGUCUCGCAGGACUCUUUCCCUGUGAGGAGAACAGUUUCUGUUUUCCAGAUACAUACUCUGCUCCUCUCCAGCUCAGACACAUCUAUCCACCACUAACAGAACAACUCAGAGACCGAUCAGUGCUGAAUAGAGCCACCCAUCUCUGUCUGUCUGCCUGCCUUCCGUUUGUUUUGGUUAUUUUGUGUGUCUUCAGUGUGUGUGUGGGUGGGUGGGUUUUGUGUGCGUGCAUGUGUGUGCAUUUGUGUGUGUAUGUGCGUGUGUCAGUUGUUGUUAAGAUGAUGUUCCUCUUCCAGGUGUUCUCAGAGUAACCUGAGUGGAGCGAGUGGAGGCCAUACCAAUGAUUGGAACCAGGACAAUGUGAGUGUCUCUCCUCCAAGCAGCUCUCAGUAAUGAUCCACAUGCCUGUCGACACACUAAGCUUGUUAACCACCUCACUGUAGAUUCACGCUUGUCAAUGUUUGUGAAGCGCUUUGUGUUAUUUUUAGCCUGUUUCCAAUUGUUGUUUUCAAGCAUCAUGUUAAGGAAAUUUGCAUAUCACAAACUAUAACUUGGGGCAUGUUUUUUUACACACACACACACUUGCAUGUUUUUACCACACAAAUGAACACACGCUCACAGGCUCUCUUUGUGUGUGUACUCCCUGUGCCCUGUUCCCCUGCAGUGCUGGAGAUGCACAGCUGCUCUCUCUGUCAUUUCUCUGGAUUUUAAUUACCAGUCAGACAUCUGCUCUCCCGAUUCCCUCUCUCUCAUUCUCCUCUCUUAUUCCCUCUUUCUUUCUCUAUCUGUGUCACUCUACUUCCAAAUGGUGACUCACUGAGUCCCUGACAAGCUGUCCAUAGUUAAGCUAGAUUUCUCUUCACAGCAUUCUAUGAUGUUAACAAAUCUAAAGUUAGACGUUUGUCUCUUUCACUCCUUCCCCAUCUCUCUCUCUCGCCCUCUCUAUCUUUCUCUCUCUCUCUCUCUUUCUCUCUCUCUCUCUCUCGCUCUCCUCUCUCUGUCUCUCCUCCUCUCUCGCUCUCUCUCUCUGUCCUGUCUUCUCUCUUCUCUCUCUGUUUCUCUCUUCUGUCGCUUUUUCUCUCUCUCUCUCGUCUCUCUCCCUCUCUCUCUCGCUCUCGUCUCUCGUCUCUUUCUCUCUUUCGCCCUCUCUCUCUCUCUCUCGCUCUCUCUCUCUCUCUAUUGCUCUCUCUCUCUCUAUCUCUCUCUCCCUCAGGUGUCUCCUAGCUGUAAGGAUUCUGGGAAGGAGCUGCAGCCCCUCAGAAGGAGGCGGAGCCACAUCCCAGACAAGCCCAACUACUCCCUCAACCUGUGGAGCAUCAUGAAGAAUUGCAUCGGCAAGGAACUCUCCAAGAUCCCCAUGCCUGUGAGUGUGUGUGGCAUGCUUGUGUCCAUGUAGUAGAAUGAGCCUGGGUGUGAGUGUUUGAGAGUGGAGAGAGUGGCAUCCCAAUAGUGUGCCAUUGGGGACUUAUCCAAAAUGUGCAAGUCAAUGACAACUCUUGUAACCAUUACAAUCUGUCUGUCUGUCUGUCUUGUCUGUCCCCCCCAUGCAGGUGAACUUCAACGAGCCUCUGUCCAUGCUGCAGCGGCUGACAGAGGACCUGGAGUACCAUGAGCUGCUGGACAAGGCGGCGCGCUGCGAGAGCUCCCUGGAGCAGCUGUGUCUGGUUGCAGCCUUCUCUGUGUCCUCCUACUCCACCACCGUCCACCGCACAGCCAAGCCCUUCAACCCCCUGCUGGGGGAGACCUAUGAGCUGGACCGCCUGGACGACUUCGGCUACCGCUCGCUGUGUGAGCAGGUACACACAGAGACAGAGAUACAGUACAAUAUGACGCUGAGACAAACACAGAAAAAUACUCCAUGUAUUUGUAGACGGCACUGCCAUUUAGUGCCUCUGCUGUACAUACAAGCCAUUAUACACAACAGUUCCAAUCAUUGACAUACUAUAUCUAGAGCAGUGAUCUUCCUUUGAACAUGUAAAUAACCUUUUCCCCUCACCCCCACUCUGUAGGUGAGCCAUCACCCCCCAGCAGCAGCUCACCAUGUGAUUUCUCAGCGGGGCUGGAGCCUCUGGCAGGAAAUCACCAUAGCCAGCAAGUUCCGUGGCAAAUACCUCUCCAUAAUGCCUCUGGGUGCGUUUGCUGAAUACGUAUUCACCAUGUACUGAUCACUGUCAACACACUCUAUGCAAAUAAAGGUCUCAUGACGGUGUAUACAGUUGAAGUCGGAAGUUUACAUACACCUUAGCCAAAUACAUUUAAACUCAGUUUUUCACAAUUCCUGACAUUUAAUCCUAGUAAAAAUGUCCUGUCUUAGGUCAGUUAGGAUCACCACUUUAUUUUAAGAUUGUGAAAUGUCAGAAUAAUAGUAGAGAGAAUGAUUUAUUUCAGCUUUUAUUUCUUUCAUCACAUUCCCAGUGGGUCAGAAGUUUACAUACACUCGAUUUGUAUUUGUUAGCAUUGCUUUUAAAUGGUUUAACUUGCCUUCCACAAGCUUCCCACAAUAAGUUGGGUGAAUUUUGGCCCAUUCCUCCUGACAGAGCUGGUUUAACUGAGUCAGGUUUGUAGGCCUCCUUGCUCGCACAUGCUUUUUCAGUUCUGCCCACAAACUUUCAGUAGGAUUGAGGUCAGGGCUUUGUGAUGGCCACUCCAAUACCUUGACUUUGUUGUCCUUAAGCCAUUUUGCCACAACUUUGGAAGUAUGCUUGGGGUCAUUGUCCAUUUGGAAGACCCAUUUGCGACCAAGCUUUAACUUCCUGACUGAUGUCUUGAGAUGUUGCUUCAAUAUAUCCACAUAAUUUUCCUUCCUCAUUAUGCCAUCUAUUUUGUGAAGUGCACCAGUCCCUCCUGCAGCAAAGCACCCCCACAGCAUGAUGCUUCCUCCCCCGUGCUUCAAGGUUGGGGUGGUGUUCUUCGGCUUGCAAGCUCCCCCUUUUUCCUCCAAAUAUAACGAUGGUCAUUAUGGCCAAACAGUUCUAUUUUUGUUUCAUCAGACCAGAGGACAUUUCUCCAAAAAGUACUAUUGUUUGUACAGAUGAACGUGGUGCCUUCAGGCAUGUGGAAAUUGCUCCCAAGGAUGAACCAGACUUGUGGAGGUCUACAAUUUGUUUUCUGAGGUCUUGGCUGAUUUCUUUUGAUUUUCCCAUGAUGUCAAGCAAAGAGGCACUGAGUUUGAAGGUAGGCCUUGAAAUACAUCCACAGGUACAUCUCCAAUUGACUCAAAUGAUGUAAAUUAGCCUAUCAGAAGCUUCUAAAGCCAUGACAUCAUUUUCUGGAAUGUUCCAAGCUGUUUAAAGGCACAGUCAACUUAGUGUAUGUAAAUUUCUGACCCACUGGAAUUGUGAUACAGUGAAUUAUAAGUGAAAUAAUCUGUCUGUAAACAAUUGUUGGAAAAAUUACUUGUGUCAUGCAGAAAGUAGAUGUCCUAACCGACUUGCCAAAACUAUAGUUUGUUAACAAGAAACUUGUGGAGUGGUUGAAAAACAAGUUUUAAUGACUCCAACCUAAGUCUAUGUAAACUUCCGACUUCAACUGUAUAUUUAUAUACAGUGGGGAGAACAAGUAUUUGAUACACUGCCGAUUUUGCAGGUUUUCCUACUUACAAAGCAUGUAGAGGUCUGUAAUUUUUAUCAUAGGUACACUUCAACUGUGAGAGACGGAAUCUAAAACAUCUAAAAAUCCAGAAAAUCACAUUGUAUGAUUUUUAAGUAAUUAAUUUGCAUUUUAUUGCAUGACAUAAGUAUUUGAUACAUCAGAAAAGCAGAACUUAAUAUUUGGUACAGAAACCUUUGUUUGCAAUUACAGAGAUCAUACGUUUCCUGUAGGUCUUGACCAGGUUUGCACACACUGCAGCAGGGAUUUUGGCCCACUCCUCCAUACAGACCUUCUCCAGAUCCUUCAGGUUUCGGGGCUGUCGCUGGGCAAUAUGGACUUUCAGCUCGCUCCAAAGAUUUUCUAUUGGGUUCAGGUCUGGAGACUGGCUAGGACACUCCAGGACCUUGAGAUGCUUCUUACGGAGCCACUCCUUAGUUGCCCUGGCUGUGUGUUUCGGGUCGUUGUCAUGCUGGAAGACCCAGCCACGACACAUCUUCAAUGCUCUUACUGAGGGAAGGAGGUUGUUGGCCAAGAUCUCGCGAUACAUGGCCCCAUCCAUCCUCCCCUCAAUACGGUGCAGUCGUCCUGUCCCCUUUGCAGAAAAGCAUCCCCAAAGAAUGAUGUUUCCACCUCCAUGCUUCACGGUUGGGAUGGUGUUCUUGGGGUUGUACUCAUCCUUCUUCUUCCUCCAAACACGGCGAGUGGAGUUUAGACCAAAAAGCUCUAUUUUUGUCUCAUCAGACCACAUGACCUUCUCCCAUUCCUCCUCUGGAUCAUCCAGAUGGUCAUUGGCAAACUUCAGACGGGCCUGGACAUGCGCUGGCUUGAGCAGGGGGACCUUGCGUGCGCUGCAGGAUUUUAAUCCAUGACGGCGUACUGUGUUACUAAUGGUUUUCUUUGAGACUGUGGUCCCAGCUCUCUUCAGGUCAUUGACAAGGUCCUGCCGUGUAGUUCUGGGCUGAUCCCUCACCUUCCUCAUGAUCAUUGAUGCCCCACGAGGUGAGUUCUUGCAUGGAGCCCCAGACCGAGGGUGAUUGACCGUCAUCUUGAACUUCUUCCAUUUUCUAAUAAUUGCACCAACAGUUGUUGCCUUCUCACCAAGCUGCUUGCCUAUUGUCCUGUAGCCCAUCCCAGCCUUGUGCAGGUCUACAAUUUUAUCCCUGAUGUCCUUACACAGCUCUCUGGUCUUGGCCAUUGUGGAGAGGUUGGAGUCUGUUUGAUUGAGUGUGUGGACAGGUGUCUUUUAUACAGGUAACGAGUUCAAACAGGUGCAGUUAAUACAGGUAAUGAGUGGAGAACUUGAGGGCUUCUUCAAGAAAAACUAACAGGUCUGUGAGAGCCAGAAUUCUUACUGGUUGGUAGGUGAUCAAAUACUUAUGUCAUGCAAUAAAAUGCAAAUUAAUUACUUAAAAAUCAUACAAUGUGAUUUUCUGGAUUUUAGAUUCUGUCUCUCACAGUUGAAGUGUACCUAUGAUCAAAAUUACAGACCUCUACAUGCUUUCUAAGUAGGAAAACCUGCAAAAUCGGCAGUGUAUCAAAUACUUGUUCUCCCCUCUGUAGGUGGGAACACUGGGAUCUCUCUGUAGGUCAGGUCUCUGAACCGCCAGGCAGCCUCAGCACCACAUCUGUCCUCCCUGUUCCUCCAAUUCACUCACUAGGCCAUAGAUGGAGACCAGUGUGAAAAUGAAUAUGUGGACCCCUGUGACAUAUAACCUCUGGGUGUAUAGGGAGGGUUGUUUUCUACUGAGAUGCGCUGUUCUACUGAGAUUAAUAGAUCCCACAGAUUUGAUUGAUACAUAUCCCAUAACAUGAAGCCAUGCUAUUCAUUUGAACUAUAAAUAAUAUAAUCUUGUAUGUUUAUUGUGAGCCUAGUGAGAUUUAAGUAAGUAAAGUCAUUAAUAUGUGACAACAGAGUAUAAGGCCUAGAUUCAAUCAGAUCAAACGUUAACCGACGAUAGCCGACACUCGCAUAGUGGAUGUUCUGGCGCUGUCGAAGGUGGAACUGUGUUGGAGCCGUCAAAUCGGUGAGCAGCUGCUCUUGCGAUCAUUGUCACAAAGCCCCACUCGCAUUAGAAAUAAUAGGCUCUAUAGAAAUAAUUACGCUCAAAUGUAAAAAUCAUUAAAGUAAAUAAUGAGGAUUUCUAUCAUCCUAAUCGAGGUGUAGAUUACAUCUCACAUUCCAUUGUUCAAACUUGUAAACAAGGCUGCAUGGGAUUUCUGUUAAUGCGACUCUGUGCAACCAAUGGCAAUGUCUGCUUUUGGUAUAAUGCCGGGAGCCACUUGUGGAUUUGACAGCUCUAACGCAGUUCCACCUCCGACAAGGUCAAAACAACCGCUAUGCGGAUGUCGGCUAAAGUGGAUCUGAUUGAAUAAAGCCCUAAGUGUGUGAGUGCAGUGAUAGUCCCAUCCUCUUCUUCUCAGCUACUCCCCUGCAUUACCAGGCCAAGUCCCUGCAGGUAGGACUGACCUUGUUUACAAAGGAACCAAAAUAAGAACCUCAGAAUAUCAACCAAAACACAUUACAUUGUAAUGCCAUGGUACUAACACUAAGAGAGAACACACAGAUAUCGAUUUCAUUUUUAUUGUCACUCUUUCUAUGACUGCAUUUCAUCCCCACCACUCAAUCUCUCAAUUAUAUCUCAAUGUUCCCUCCUUUUUUGUCCCUUCCCUCUUCCCAGGUGCCAUUCACCUGCAGUUCCACUCCAGUGGGAACCACUAUGUGUGGAGGAAGGUGACCUCCACCGUGCACAACAUCAUUGUGGGCAAGCUGUGGAUUGACCAGGUGUGUCUACUAACUACAUCAUGGGGUCUUACUCAGUGUGUUAGAGGUGUCCGUCUCUCUAUCUCUGGCAGCUAGCUACCUCUUGUAUAUUUCCGGUGUUCCUGUAGCUGUUUGUAAUGUAAUCCAGGCCACUGGAAUGAGUGUUGUGUAGAGGCAGAUUUAAAUCGGAACAGAACAGAACAACAUAGCACAUGAAUAAGCCUGCCUGUGGUCUCUAGAGGUUUCUUCCCCUUUCAUCUCUAAUAAUGCCCUCCCCUCUCUCUGAGAUGACCCAAUUAUAGUCUGUAACUGUCUGUCUGUCUGUCUGUAGUACUACUCGGUACUCUAUACCAGAGUUUCCCUGGGGCCCCCCCUGGAUGCACGUUUUGGUUUUUGCCCUAGCGCUACACCACUGAUUCAAUAAUCAAUGAGGAGAGGGUUAUUUCAAUCAGCUUUGUAGUGCUAAGGCAAAAAACUAAACGUGCACCCCCCCCCGGGUGUUAGGGCCCCAGGACUGAGUUUGGGAAACCCUGCUCUAUACCAUUCCCUCACUGGAGGAGGAGGAGGAAGAAGAAGGGGGAGAAAGGGGCCAGGGAAUAAACUCUAGCAUAUGGUAGAAUAUGGCACACUCACAAACAGCUUCUGGUUUACCAGUCCCUAAUGCACACCUUAGUGUCAGUUUUAUAUAGAGCUUCAUACUACAAUCCCAUUACAUCACUGAGGCUGACUGAAUGUACAGACCAUAGAAUCAGGAAUUAGAAUACUAGAAUGGACAUGAACCUUCUUAUGAUGGAAUAAAGGUCAGCCAUUUUGGUCAGGGAGUUGGUCAACCAUGGUUUGCCAGUGCUGUGAUAAGAUAUUGUGUAAAAUAAUGAAUUUGAAGAAUUUAUCUUCACUGUUUUAGCUAGCUAGACAGUUUUAGAGGAAUGAUUGCGUACAUUUUUUAAAUUAACUGCCAAUAUGCCAGCAUUCCAUUCAAACAAUCCAAUCAAUCCACAGCCAUACACUGGCUGAAAUCAGUUGAUGAUAGGACUUGCAACAAGUACUGACAUUGUAUCAUACAAUAGCACUCACAGCUUUCCAAGAAAACAGAAAUUGAGACAUUUAUAAUCUGUUUACAUAUAUUUGAGAGGCUAUUUAUACAGAACAUUUGUAUAAAACCUGUAUAAACUCUAUUUAUAUAUAUAUAAAAUUUUAGGUUAACAAUAAUUCUAUAACACAAUUUCUGAUAUAUCACAUGCUUCAUUUUUAUUUUCCUGCAUAAGUAAAAUCAGGAUUAUGCCUCUACUGCCAUUCAUUCCAAUUAGACUGGUUUGGAUUUCUCCCUGACCAAUAUGGCUGUAAUUUCAUAAGAUCUCUAUGGUACAGAUACUGUUCUGAUGCAGCUGUGGAAUGUUGAGAUGUUAGUGGUUCUUUCUAUCCUUCUGAACUGAUGAUGACUCAUCAGUUGUUUCUGUAUGCAAUAUGCAUGAAUGCUAUUGAUGCUUACCAGCAAUUCUCUACUAUCCAUUCCUUCUCUUUCAUUCUGUCUUCCAUCCCAUUCUACCCUCGCUUCUCCCUCUCCUUCUCUAUCCCUCCCACUGUCGAUGGGCAGUCAGGGGACAUUGAGAUAGUCAACCACAGGACCAUGGAGACGUGCCAGCUGAAGUUCUCCCCCUACAGCUAUUUCUCCAGGGAUGUCCCACGCAAGGUACAUGUUACCACCAUCACCCUCUAAUUAGCCCUGGCUGAAACCUGACUGUGGCAUGAUGAGUUUGUAGGCUCGGUUGUCACAUUGUUGUGGGCUGCCCCCUGCUGGAUAGUACAAGCAAAUGUAUCAUUUUUCAAUUGACCAUUAUUUCAUAAUAGUUGUUUAUGAUAAACUAUGGAGGGAUAUUGUAUUAUUUUCUACAUACGGAAUUAUACAUUUCCUCACCCCCCUCUCCUCUAUCUGUGUGUUUGUGUUGUCUAGGUAACGGGGGUGGUGUCAGACAGUGGAGGGCAGGCCCACUACAUCCUGUCUGGCACGUGGGAUGAUAAGAUCGAGAGCUCCAAGAUCGUCCAGAGCAGCAAAGGGGGCAGCGGCUCCGAGGGCAAGCAAAAGACUGUCUACCAGACCCUGUCCCCCAAACUACUGUGGAAGAAAUACCCUCUCCCGUAAGCACUGUCCAGCACAACAGUUUAUACAGUAACACAGAUCACGCACUAAGCCUACGAUGCACCUCAUACAAAAACACUGACUUGUAAAGAAUACUACAUUACAGAGCAACUGCUCUCCCCUCUCCCCCACUUCCUCCCUAUUCCCUCUCUCUCCCUCUCUCUCCCUCUGUCAGGGAUAACGCUGAGAACAUGUACUUCUUCUCAUCGCUGGCGCUGACGUUGAAUGAGCCGGAGGAUGGGGUGGGGCUGACGGACAGCCGACUGAGACCGGACCAGAGGCUGAUGGAAGCAGGGAGAUGGGACGAGGCCAACUCUGAGAAACAGAGACUAGAGGAGAAACAGAGAGCUGUGAGGAGGAGGAGAGAGGCGGAGGCCACAGACGCACUGGACAACGGUAAGACACACAGAGAGAGAGGGAGAGAGAGUGGGCAGGGUGGAGAGCGGGAGAAAGGUAAGGGAGAGUUGACAGAGAAACAUACUGAUAAAAAGGAGCUGGGUGUAGAAGUGGGGAGAGAGGACACUUCAGACAGUCCAUAAGAAGGGCUGGAUUGAUUGUGAGGGAUUUCUAGAAAGUAUUUAUUCAGUCACAUAACUUUGAAUCAUUCCUCCAGGUCCCCUGGCCUUUAUGUAAAUGAUUAUGACAAGAACAGUAUUACCUGGAGUGAGCCUCACGGCAAAUGGAGGGGUAAUGACAGGUCAAGUAGAGGAAAAGAACAGAUUAGGAUUGAAGUGAAGCGCUAAUGGAGGCUACUAGGGGGAGAGUGUAGAGAGAGGACACAGCAGACACUUAUAAUCCUGGUAACGUUGUUAAAGUCCAACACUCUGUGUAGCACUGUGACCUAUUGUAGGCUGUAUUUGAUGUACCCAUGACACGUCUCUCUUUUCCUCUCUCUGUUGGUGGUCAGAGUGUGAUUAUGAUGACUCUGGUGAGUGGGGGUGGCCUUGCGUCCCGCUGUUGUGCAUCACCCUCCCCCACCCCCAUCUUUUUUGUGUUGACCCUCCCCUUUGUGGUGGAAAUACUUAAGUAAAAGUAAAGAUACACUAUAUAUACAAAGUAUGUGGACACCCCUUCAAAAUUGUGGAUAUGACUAUUUCAGCCACACCGUUGCUGACUGACAGGUGUAUAAAAUUGAGCACACAGCCAUACAAUCUCCAUAGACAAACAUUGGCAGUAGAAUGGCCUUACUGAAGAGCUCAGUGACUUUCAACGUGGCACCGUCAUAGGAUGCCACCUUUCCAACAAGUCAGUUUGUCAAAUUUCUGCCCUGCUAGAGCUGCCACGGUCAACUGUAAGUGCUGUUAUUGUGAAGUGGAAACGUUUAGGAGCAACAACGGCUAAGCCGCGAAGUGUUAGGCCACACAAACUCACAGAAUGGGACCACGAGUGCUGAAGCACGUAGCGCAUAAAAACGUCUGUCCUCGGUUGCAACACUCUACCGAGUUCCAAACUGCCUCUGGAAGCAACGUCAGCACAAGAACUGUUCGUCGGGAGCUUCAUGAAAUGGGUUUCCAUGGCCGAGCAGCCACACACAAGCCUAAGUUCACCAUGCGCAAUGCCAAACGUCGGCUGGAGUGGUGUAAAGCUCGCCGCCAUUGGACUCUGGAGCAGGGGCGGUGUGUUCAAUAGGGCGAUAUGGGCGACGCACUGCCAAACGGGAAAAGGAAGGGAUUUUUUUUCUAAUCAAUUAUAUCACGGCAACAGUAGUUAUCAGUGUUCUAAUCUGAUCUGACUGCCACUAAAUGUCCAAUCAGGCUAAAGUCGUGCUUCAAAUGGCCACCCCCCCUUUUGGGGCGAUUUCAGUCAGGUUGAAAAUCGCCCAGAAGUCUGUCAUAGACUCCCAUGUAAAAUCUAUUUUUUUCAAAUUUCAGAGCUUUCAAUACAAUCUCUAUGGGUUUCUGAGGGCUUGCACUUACGCGCUUUCGUCAUACGUAACGUAACCAUGAACGUAACUAAGAAAAUAGCGGGUAGCAGCGUCUCUGUUGCGACCUGCAGUGUGGCGUUAUCUUAUGUUUUUAAUUUGUACACUUAGUGGCGUUAUUUUAUGUUUUUAAUUUGUACACUUAGUUUACAAACAUUCUGCCAACCAUGGAUUUCCAGUGGUGGGUUUUGGACUGAUCUUGUUGAUCGUGUACAUACCCGCUACGAACGGACUAAAUAAUGAAAACGCUGCUGGCAGCGGAAUCCAAUACAGCAGAACAAACUUCCCUUACCCACCACCUUGCUGAUUAAUGCCCAGUCACUGAGGGGGAAAGCGGAUGAGUUGUCAGCGAAUCUGCGCUUCCAACACGAAUAUCGGGAGGCCUGUUUGCUGGCAUUUACUGAGACUUGGCUGGAUGACAGAGUCCCGGACAGAGAAGUGGAGCCGGCCGGCUUCACCCUGGUCAGAGCGGACCGCGAUCUGACAGUCACAGGGAAAAUCGAUCCUGGUAAGAGAGCGACUCUGUACCCCCGACAUUGAACUGCUUUCUGUGUCACUGCGACCUUACUAUCUGCCCCGUGAGUUCCCCCAAUUGUUUGUUACCGUUGUGUACAUUCAACCAAAAGCUAAUAUAACAAAGGCAUCAGAGAUUAUUUAUAAUCUGUCACAGAAACUGGAAUCCAUCUCCCCAGAUCAGUCAAUAAAUGCUUCUGGUAUUGAUUUAUAUGCUGCCCCUGUCUUCAUGUUGUUGCUGGACAUAUCUUUUUUUAAAUGUGUGUAGGUCACCUAAAUCAUCAGAAAAAUUGCCCCCCCUGAGAAUUUUUUCAGGAGCCGCCACUGCUCUGGAGCAGUAGAAAUGCGUUCUCUGUAGUGAUGAAUCACGCUUCACCAUCUGGCAGUCCAACGGACGAAUCUGGGUUUGGGGGAUGCCAGGAGAACGCUACCUGCCCGAAUGCAUAGUGCCAACUGUAAAGUUUGGUGGAGGAGGAAUAUUGGUCUGGGGCUGUUUUUCAUGGUUCGGGCAAGGCCCCUUAAUUACAGUGAAGGGAAAUCUCAACGCUACAGCAUACAAUGACAUUCUAGACGAUUCUGUGCUUCCAACUUAGUGGCAACAGUUUGAGGAAGGCGUUUUCCUGUUUCAGCAUGACAAUGCCCCCAUGCACAAAGCGAGGUCCAUACAGAAAUGGUUUGUCGAGGUCAGUGUGGAAGAACUUGACUGGCCUGCACAGAGCCCUGACGUAACCCCAUCGAACACCUCUGGGAUGAAUUGGAACACCGACUGCGAACCAGGCCUAAUCGCCCAACAUCAGUACCCGACCUCACUAAUGUUCUUGUGGCUGAAUGGAAGCAAGUCCCUACAGCAAUGUUCCAACAUCUAGUGGAAAGCCUUCCCAGAAGAGUGGUGGCUGUUACAGCAGCAAAGGGGGGACCAACUCCAUAUGAAUGAUUUUUGGAAUGAGAAUUUCAACGAGCAAGUGUCCACAUACUAUUGGUAAUCUAGUGUACCUUAAUAGAAAAUGACUCAAGUAAAAGUGAAAGUCACCCAGUAAAAUACUACUUGAGUAGAAGUCUAAAAGUAUCUGGUUUUAAAUGUACAUCAAAUUCCUUAUAUUAAUAAGCAAACCAGAUGACACGAUUCUCUCGUUUUUUAUUUAUUUACAGACAGCCAGGGGCACAGUCCAACGCUUGGACAUAAUUUACAAACAUUGUUUGUGUUUAGUCCGCCAGAUCAGAGGCAGUAGGGAUGACAAGUCGUUAUAUUGUGCGUGAAUGCGUGAAUUGGCCCAUAUUGCUGUCCUGCCUGAGCAUUCUACAUGUAACGAGUAGUUUUGGGCAUCAGGGAAAAUGUAUGGGAGUAAAAAGUACAUAUUUUUUUAGGAAUGUAGUGGAGUAAAAUUUGUCAAAAAUAUUAAUUGUAAAGUAAAGAUACCCAAAAAAACAUAUUUUAACUUAGUUUACGCCACUGCUUUGUGGUUAUGACAGCGUUCCAGGAUGUCUUUUUUGCAGUCACGCCGCACAUCUCAGAUCAAAUCAAAUGUAUUUAUAAAGCCCUUUUUACAUCAGCAGAUGUCACAAAGUGCUUUUACGGAAACCCAGUCUAAAACCCCAAACAGCAAGCAAUGUAGAUGUAGAAGCACAGUGGCUAGGAAAAACUCUCUAGAAAGGCAGGAACCUAGGAAGAAACCUAGAGAGGAACCAGACUCUGAGGGGUGGCCAGUCACCUUCUGGCUGUGCCGGGGGGAGAUUAUAAGAGUACAUGGCCAUUAAGACCAGAUUGUUCUUCAAGAUGUUCAAACGUUCAUAGAUGACCAGCAGGUCAAAUAAUAAUGAGAGUGGUUGUAGACGGUGCAACAGGUCAGUACCUCAGGAGUAAAUGUCAGUUGGCUUUUCAUAGCCGAGCAUUCAGAGGUCGAGACAGCAGGUGCGGUAGAGCGAGAGAGGGAGAGAGCGAGAGGGAGAGUCGAAAACAGCAAGUCCGGGACAAGGUAGCACGUCCGGUGAACAGGUCAGGGUUCCAUAGUGGCAGGCAGAACAGUUAAAACUGGAGCAGCAGCACGACCAGGUGGACUGGGGACAGCCAGGAGUCAUCAGGCCAGGUAGUCCUGAGGCAUGGUCCUAGGGCUCAGGUCUUCCAGGGGGGGAGGGAGAGAGGGGGAAAGAGAGAGAAUUAGAGGGAGCAUACUUAAAUUCACCAGAAAAGACAGGAUAAUUAUACCAGAUAUAACAGACUGACCCUAGCCCCCCGGCACAUAGACUAUUGCAGCAUAGAUACUGGAGGCUGAGACGGGGGGGGGGGCCAACCAGGCAGGAUAUAACCCCACUCACUUUGCCAAAGCACAGCCCCCACACUGCUAGAGGGAUAUCAACAGAUCACCAACUUACUACCCUGAGACAAGGCUGAGUAUAGCCCAAGAAAUUCUCCUCAACCGCACAAGCCCGAGGGGGCGCAAAACCGGACAGGAAGAUCACGUCAGUGACUCAACCCACUCAAGUGACGCACCCAUCCUAGGGACGCGCAUGGAAGAGCACUAGUAAGCCAGCGACUCAGCCCCCGUAAUAGGGUCAGAGGCAGAGAAUCCCAGUGGAGAGACGGGAGGCGGCAAGGCAGAGACAGCAAGGGCAGUUCAUCGCUCCAGUGCCUUGCCGCUUACCUUCGCACCCCUGGGCCAGACUACACUCAAUCAUAGGACCUACUGAAGAGAUGAGUCUUCAGUAAAGACUUAAAGGUUGAGACCGAGUCUGCAUCUCUCACAUGAAUAAGCAGACCAUUCCAUAAAAAUGUUGCUGUAUAGGAGAAAGCCCUGCCUCCAGCUGUUUGCUUAGAAAUUCUAGGGACAAUAAGGAGGCCUGCGUCUUGUGACCGUAGCGUACGUGUAGGUAUGUAUGGCAGGACCAAACCGGAGAGAUAGGUAGGAGCAAGUCCAUGUAAUGCUUUGUAGGUUAGCAGUAAAACCUUUAAAUCAGCCCUAGCCUUAACAGGAAGCCAGUGUAGAGAGGCUAGGACUGGAGUAAUAUGCUCAGAUUUUGGGGUUCUAGUCAAGAUUCUAGCAGCCGUGUUUAGCACUAACUGAAGUUUAUUUAGUGCUUUAUCCAGGUAGCCGGAGAGUAGAGCAUUGCAGUAGUCUAAUCUCGAAGUGACAAAAGCAUGGAUUCGUUUUUAUGCAUAAUCUUUGCACAAAACUUUUAGGAUUUUUGCAAAGUUACGAAGAUGGAAAAAAGCUGCCCUUGAAACAUUCUUGAUAUGUUCGUCAAAAGAGACGAUUACUAUAUCAUAUUCAUGUGGUCCAGAGACGUUAAAAACGUCCCUAGGUUUUGUUAGAUCUGAUAAUCUGCACAGCAUGACUGCAAUAAAGAUGACCUGGAAGGCAUCCUUUAUAUGGGGUUUGCAUGCUGACUGCUUUUCCCUAGUACCCUCUGUUCCAGAGUAUGACCCGGUCUUGCUGCUAUGUGCCUUUUUCAUUCAGACUUGACUUGGCCCUACUAUGUCUGUACUGUUUCAGCCAGAGAAACAGACAUAGAGGUGUCUAAUGUGUGGGAGUGACAGUAGAACAUACAGAAUAACUCCCUGAGCCCUUCAUCUGAGUGACACUUGUGUCUCUUCCCCCAGGUCGGGAGUAUGAGGGCUUCCAGCCACAGUGGUUCCACAAGAGGACAAACGCCAUCACUGGGGAGACAAACUUUGUGUACAAGGGUGGAUACUGGGAGGCUAAGGACAGUCAGGACUGGAGUAUGUGCUCUGAAAUCUUCUAAGCCUCAACCACACCCAUCCUACCCCAUCACUGGACUCACCCAGGCCCAGGAGACUGCUCCGCCACUGGCCCUGGAGGAAGAGGGGUCUGGGUCUGGGUGUGGACCUCUGUGUGUAUGUCUCACACAUUCACAACACAGUGUACCUCCCAACGUACACACAGAGGUAAUAUUUUUUACGGAGUCAAGGGCGAAAAGGGGCCUUUUCUAGAUCCUCCCUGACGUAACACUGAGCUGUGUGGGGGUGUGCGAGAGAGAGGGGAGAUUGAAUACAAUAGAAAAAGGGCCCCAUAGAGACUUCCAAAAGAAUCAGGUGCUCCACACACGCUACCCACAAUGUACCUUUGCUCUGCUCAGCACAUCUGUUUCUAGGGGUUUUAGUGAUUGAACAGCAACCCAUCUAAUCAGUUCUCCUGGGAUGAGAUGAAGUCCAUCCUGUCUAAUGGACGGACGGAGAGACAGAGAGACAAAAAGAACGCUAAAGACGUUUAUAGAAAGACCGUUUAUAUACACUACCGGUCAAAAGUUUUAGAACACCUACUCAUU